AUGGCGCGGCUUAAGGAUGCGCCCAAGCAGGCAGGUCCCAAGCCUUCCACGCCCUCCUCAGACGACAAUGCUGCAACCCAACAGCUCCUCACAGAGUCCAACUCUCCAAGCGCAAACCCACCCUCAUCGUCCGCAGUCCUUGGCGCCAACCUCCUCAACGCAGCGCGUCCUGGGAAGCUCAAGAGAGUCAGCAUACUUCCCGAGGGAGCCAGACAGAAUCUCGCGAUAAGAGGAGAUCCGUACGAGAUCGAGCUGAGCCCCGAGAAGGGUCGAUACGCGUUGCCAGAGAAAGUCAAUCACAAACCGUUGAAGAUCAAUAGAAAGAAGAAAGAGAAAAAGAAGCCAGCCAAGAAGGAGGUGCAGGCCACUGUGGAGACAAUCGAGGAGCGUAGUGACGUUCCUGCGCCUUCGUCAGAGCUCCCGGUGCACCAUGACGCUGGGCCUCAAGUGGAUGAAGAUGAGCGGGUGGAGGAUUUGGCAGUAGCAGAACCCGAGAUACGUUCCUCCCCGCCGGAGCUCGCACCACCGGGGCACACCCCAUCUAAAGCCGCCCCGCCCAUACGCGAUAACGGUCUGGUCGAUCCCACUGGUACGACAAGCCUAGAUGGAGAACCUGCUGGUGCGCAGGACGACAAUAGCAGUACACGGCGAACGUCGAAACGGAAAUCAGAGUCGGAUCACAGCGAAGAACAGCCCUCCAAGAUUCCGAGGAAGCAAAGGCGGACGACUGGCGAAUCGAGCGCAUCGAAAAAGAGUCACCCACAAGUACGCAUACCGGUCCGGCGCAGCUCGCAACAACAGGAUGUGGCGACUGCGACCGGACAUGACGAUGUUCAAAGUACGCAAGAAGGCGCCGAAUGUCAUGGAUCGAACCCCAGGUGCCUUUACACCGAACGGACUUACGCGCAGAGAGAGGAGGAUCUCCUAAAACUCAUAAAAGGUCCUGCACGACAAUUGAAACCUCGGAAGAAACGCACCAACGAUACCAAUGAGUCAAGCCAGCAGUUACCGGCUAGCGUGAGAGGACUGCAAAAGCACGCAGAGCCGGCCAAGCAAGCUCCGGAAAUUACUGAUGUUCCAGAGACUGAUCACGCGCCUGUUAUUGACGCGUUUGGGGAAGUUUCAGACGGAGACGACGCUAGUAGCAUCGCUGAGGAAGCUGAUGACAUAACGCGCCCUGCAGGAAGGCCUGGGAGCAUCGACGCCGUCUUUGAAUUCCUCAACCUAGAGGUACGGCCAGGAAAGUGCCGGACCAAGCUGGCUACCACUAUCAGACGCGCAUGCAAGACAUACAGAGCCCACCUUCAGGAAGGUGACCUUUCCAUGGACACUGUGGUCGAUGAAGCCGACGAUUUACGAGGAGCGCUCGGACAGAUCAGUAUCGAUGUCCAAAAGAAGGACCAGCGCGCCUUCAAACGAGAUGCUUAUCGUCAUGUCUUCCGGGCUCUUACACUGUAUCUCGAAGCAUUGUACACAUGGCUACAGGACAAUGGCGGUGAAGUGACCGAUUCUCUGGAGGCUAUGAGGAUUUUGUCACCCCUGAUGAACCGGAUAUUGGCUAUCAAAGACACCAUUACAGAGUGGAAUGUCUCCGUGCCUCAACGCUCCAAGGGCGACCGAAUCAUCAAGGAUGUUGAUAUUGGUCUCAUCGCUCAUCUUCGACAGGUUGCCAAGACAUAUCGCGGACAUCUUAGUAGACUCGAAGCUAAGGAGGACUAUCGCAAGAUCCAAGAAGACUUCGAGCGCAGGAUGCAGGAAAGAGAAGAGGAGGAGAACCGCAAAGCCGAGCUUGAGGAAGCGCGAACGCAGCGGUGGAAACAUUGGCAGGCUCUACACAUUGUGCGCUUGACGUGCGAGCCCGAUGCGCGCAGAAGGAGUAAGCUGGCUAUCACAAGGCUCGAGGACCUGGAGGAGAGAGACGCGAACGGUGUUAUCUUCGAACGAUUGCCGGUUUUCACGCCUCGCUCUGCGCCGCCACAUCGUCAAGCAUCGGCGUUGAGCAAUAAGCCGGAGUGGACCGAACAGGAAGAGACUGCUCUGCUCGAAGGUUUGAGACAUCUUGCCGGUACGUUGGAAGUCAUUGUUCACAGCUUAUCUCCAUCACACUGA